AUGUCUACCCUGCCUGGUCGUGACCAUGUAUCCAGCUCCGCUCCCCCUUUAGAUGGCAAAGGGGGUACAGAUUCAGCAAAGUCAACGAAAAGGACGGGUCCUAGCUAUGUAUAUUACCGCCUAUACACCAAACUCGGCGCAUUUGAAUCAAAUCACGCCCUCUACUCAAACGACCGUUUCAUUGGCAGUGUUCCUUCAAAAUCGAUUGCCCCUCCUCGCACGGUGGCGUCUAUAAAGCGUUGCCUAUGCAAACUUGAGGACCUCUCGGAGCCCGAUAAGGCGCUUCUCUUCACUUCGCUCUCAAGCCCAGCACCCAAAGAAGACUCUGCCCGCCUCUCUUUGUCUGCUCUUUCUGAGCAAGGCCUGUCUGAACAUGAUCCGAUCGCGUUGGUUGUCAAGUCGGAGAAGAGGACAGAGAAGGUGUCGCAAUCGGAAAAGCUGCCGGAACGCUCUGAUGAUACUCAUACCCAUUACGGCAAGUCUUGUCGAUGUCUCCUACUCAAACAGCGCACUCAUCAGCUUUGCAAGGGAAAAGGAGAUGAAAAUACAAAGACGUCCUUCGACGAAAGCGAUAUUUCAUUAGGACGCAUCAACACGCUCUUCGUCACGCCCCCUCACACCGCUGGGUCUUUGAAAGCAUGCAUCGCUAAAGUUGAAGGCCUCGUCACGCCGGGUCAUACACUUUACAAGAACAUGGAACUCUUCCAAGACAUAGAUAGCGUCAUUGCCAUGAGUGACACCGAUGUCAUAUCCUUCCAAAGUGACGCUUAUCCCGGUAGCGAUGAAGGCGAUCCCGUAACCCUUGUCAAUGCGGCCGUCGAUACAGCAGCGGACCAAAAGGCUAAACCUACAUCAGCAAUAAACCGCGCCCUUUCAGAUGGGCCAGAUUCAAAAUUCACAAAACGCGCUCGGUUAACUCUUACUUACGAAUUUUAUUCAGGAUACAUGGUGAUCAAUGCCAAGGGUGAAAAAGGCUUUGUUGCACAGAUAAUGUUCUGGUUGGAAACAGCUAUGUCUACCCCGCCUGGUCGUGAUCAUAUAUCCAGUACCGCUCUUUCUUCAGACGGCAAAGGGGAUACAGAUUCAGCAAAAAAAGUAGAGAAGUCAACAAAAAGGACGGGUCCUGGCUAUGUAUAUUACCGUCUAUACACCAAACUCGGUGCAUUCGAAUCAAAUUACCCCCUCUACCACAACGACCGUUUCAUUGGCCGCAUUCCGUCGAAAGCUUUUGCCCCUCCUCAUACCGUGGCGUCUAUCAAGCGGGCCCUGUGCAAACUUGAGGACCUUUCGGAGCCUGACAAGGCCCUUGUCUUCACAUCACUCUCAAGUCCAGCACCCAAAGAAAACUCUGCCCGCCUCUCUUUGUACGCUCUAUCUGGGCCAGGCAUGUCCGAACAAGAUCCAAUCGCGUUGGUUGUCGAGUCGGAGAAGAGGACACUGGCAGAGGAGGUGUCGCAAUCGGAGAAGCUGCCGGAAUGCUCUGAUGAUACCGAUAUCCAGUACGGCAAGUCUUGUCGUCGUCUCCUACCCAGACAGUGCAUCAUCGGCUUUGCAGUAUACUAUCGCGUUUAUUUAUCAGAGGGAAAAAGAGAUGAAAAGGCGAAGACGUCCUUUGACGAAAGUGAUAUUUCGUUGGGACGCAUCAACUCCCUCUGUAUUGCUCCCCCUCACACCGCUGGGUCUUUGAAAGCAUGCAUGGCAAAAGUUGAAGGUCUCAUCACGCCGAAUCAUGCACUUUACAAGGACAUGGAACUCUUCAAGGACAUGAAUAGUGACGCUGCCAUGAGCGACACCAAUAUUAUAUCCUUCCAAGAUGACACUUAUCCAGGUAGCGAUGAAGGCGAUCCCGUAGCCCUUGUCAACGCAACUGCCAAUACGGCAGUGGACCAAAAGGCUAAACCUAUACCAGGUAAAGUUCUCAGUGAAUAUCCACUAGACACUGCAGCAACAAACGGUGCUCUUUCAGAUGGACCAGAUUCAAAAUUCACGAAACGCGGUCGGCUAAUUUAUACUUACGGGUCUUAUCCAGGAUACAUGGCGAUCAAUUCCAAGGGUGAAAAAGGCUUUGUAGCAGAGGAAUGUUUGCUUUCGGAGUGGGAUCUUAUAUCCACCGACACUAACUGCUCCUCCUCGCCAACCAACCCCAGUCAACCUCCUCACAAGCACCUUCAAAACAGCAGCGCACACGCCAAUGCCAACAAGGACAACGUAACUCCCGUCCACUUGUUGAGAGGUAUAGAUCGCGUUAGGCUUCCCAGUCGCGUCAGGGUCUUCGUUGAGGGGAAACAGGAAAAAAGAGUGUCAAAUACGAGGAGGAGGGAGGUGCAAGAGCAAAAGUGGAAUGAAGACAUCUUGUCAUUCAACACACGAAAGACGACAGACAGAAUACGCAAAAUGGGCCAUGAAUUCGAACCAAGUGCCGUUGAGACUACCAAGUUGAGCAGAACAUUUUUCCAUUUCGUCCUCGAGCUCCCUAAGCCUCUCAUCCAUUCCCUCAGUCCUCUCCUGUCUAGUCGCCAUCCGAACUCACGUUGGUCUAGGGCUUCUUGGCGAGUUGUUCCGUUGGAAAUAGCCAUGUCUACCCUGCCUGGUCGUGAUCAUAUAUCCAGUUCCGCUCCCUCUUUAGACGGCAAAGGGGGUGCAGAUUCAGCAGGAAAAGUAGGGAAGUCAACAAAAAGGACGGGUCUUGGCUGUGUAUAUUAUCGUCUAUACACCGAACUCGGUGCAUUUGAAUCGAAUUACGCCCUCUACUCCGACGACCGUUUCAUUGGCCGCAUUCCUUCGAAAUCUUUUGCUCCUCCUCAUACGGUGGCAUCUAUCAAGUGGUCCCUGUGCAGACUCGAGGGCCUUUCGGAGCCCGACAAGGCGCUUGUCUACAUACCGCUCUCAAGCCCAGCACCCAAAGAAGACUCAGCCCGCCUCUCUUUGUACGCUCCAUCUGGGCCGGGCCUGUCCGAACAAGAUCCGAUAGCGUUGGUUGUCGAGUCGGAGCGAAGGACCAAGGAGGUCUCGCAGUCGGAGAAGCUGCCAGAACGCUCUGAUGGCACCGAUAUCCACUACGGCAAGUCUUUAUACUAUCGUGUUUACUCAUCUGAAGGAGGAGACGAAAAGGCAAAGACGUCCUUUGACGAAAGUGAUACUUCGUUAGGAUGCAUUAACACCCUCCUCAUCGCACCCCCUCACACCGCUGGAUCUUUGAAAGCGUGUAUCGCAAAAGUUGAAGGCCUGGUCACGCCGGGUCAUGUACUCUACAAGGACAUGGAACUCUUCCAAGCCAUAGAUAGUGACGCUGCCAUGAGCGACUCAGAUGUCAUAUCCUUCCAAGAUGAUGCUUAUCCAGGUAGCGAUGAAGGCGAUCCCGUAGCCCUUGUCAAUGCAAUUGCCAAUGCAGCAGCAGACCAAAGGGUCAAACUCAAACCAGGUAAAGUUCUUGAAGAAUAUCCACUUGACGCUGCGGCAACAAAUCGUACUCUUUCAGAUGUACCAGAAUCAAGUUUCACAAAACGCGCUCGGUUAACUUGUACUUUUAUACUUCAUCCAGGAUACAUGGUGAUUAAUUCCAAGGGUGAAAUGGGCUUUGUUCAUAAGGAGAGAACGUAUGCGAAAUUUGUCAGAACUUGGGCUCAGAAGGGAUUGAUGUACCGGUAUCGUAGAUCUGUUUUAAAUAUGUACGAACAAGAAUCCGGGACUCUCGCGUACGCGCGUUUAUUCAAUUCCUCGGCAGUCCCAGUCAAAAAGCGAUCGUGA